CCGCCCGGGCUGAGGGUGUCCAAGGGGCGCAGAGCCCUGGGGUGCCCAGUCCCAGGAGAGCCGCUCUCUGAGGAGGAAGCAGCUCCCUGGCUCUGUCUGCGCCAGACGCCGAUAGCGAUAGCGGCCGACAGCGACAGACGACGAGAGCGACGAGGGCAAAGCCAACUCCAACUCCCGGUCCCACAGCCCCUUGCCCAGCUGGCUGGAAGCCCCCAGCGGGCAGUGGUCGGGGGCAGUGGGCAGCUCAGUCCUGCCACUGGCACAGGCUGAGGAGGAGGAGAGGCCCCUCGCUGACAUGGACCGAGAGCUUUCCCGGAGGGAAGGUACACAAGAGACAUCCCAGAGAGAAGGACCAGGAGUCCAAGAAAUGUCCCGGCAGGGAGCCAGGAGCAGCCAAGAGCUGUACCAAGGCCAGAGUCCCACGGAGGCCGAGCCGGCAGCUGCUGCCCCGGCAGGAGCUGCUGAGGAGGAGGAGCCCCCCGAGGCUCUCCUGUCCCAAGAGGAAGAUUUGGGAGACCAAGAGUUGUUCCCGGGGGAGGACGAUGUGAGCUCCAGUUCUGGGGAGAAGCCUGUGGGCACAGUGAAGGAGGAGGCCACGCAGACUUGUCCCUCAUCCUGUGACAAGGAGCUGUCCCAGGUUAAAGAGGCCAUCGAGCUCUCUGCAGGGGACAGCAACACUGAGCCAGAGCUGUCCAAAGGGGAAGAGGCAAUCAAGGACAUUCCAUGGGACAGCAAAACUGACCAGAUGCUGUCCCCAGUGGAAGACAACAUUGAGGUUGUUCCAGAGGAUGGCAAAAGUGACCAGGAGCUGUCCUCAGUGGAAGAGGACAUCGAGGGCAUUCCAAAGGACAGCAAGAGUGACAAGGAGGUGUUCUCAGUGGAAGCACUCAUCGAGGCUGUUCCAGAGGAUGGCACGAGUGACCAGGAGCUGUCCUCAGUGGAACUGGCCAUCGAGGGCAUUCCAUGGGACAGCAUGAGUGACAAGGAGCUGUCCUCAGUGGAAGAGGACAUCGAGGGCAUUCCAGAGGACGGCAUGAGUGACAAAGAGCUGUCUUCAGUGGGAGAGGACAUCGAGGACAUUCCAUGGGACAGCACAAGUGACAAGGAGCUGUCCUCAGUGGAAGAGGACAUCGAGGGCAUUCCAGAGGACAGCAAGAGUGACAAAGAGCCGUCCUCAGUGGAAGAGGCCACUGAAGGCAUUCCAGAGGAGAGCACGAGUGGCAAGGAGCUGUCCGAAGGGGAAGUGGCCAUCGAGGGCAUUCCAGAGGAGAGCACGAGCGGCAAGGAGCUGUCCGAAGGGGAAGAGGCCAUCGAGGGCAUUCCAUGGGAUAGCACAACUGACCAGAUGCUGUCCUCAGGGGAAGUGGCCAUCAAGGUUGUCCCAUGGUACAGCACAAGUGACCAGGAGCUGUCCUCAGUGGCAGAGGCCAUCAAGGGCAUUCCAGAGGACAGCAUGAGUGACCUGGAGCUGUCCGAAGGGGAAGUGGCCAUCGAGGGCAUUCCAGAGGAGAGCACGAGUGGCAAGGAGCUGUCCGAAGGGGAAGAGGCCAUCGAGGGCAUUCCAUGGGAUAGCACAACUGACCAGAUGCUGUCCUCAGGGGAAGUGGCCAUCAAGGUUGUCCCAUGGUGCAGCACAAGUGACCAGGAGCUGUCCUCAGUGGCAGAGGUCAUAAUGGGCAUUCCAGAGGACAGCAUGAGUGACCUGGAGCUGUCCGAAGGGGAAGAGGCCAUCGAGGGCAUUCCAUGGGAUAGCACAACUGACCAGAUGCUGUCCUCAGGGGAAGUGGCCAUCAAGGUUGUCCCAUGGUACAGCAAGAGUGACCAGGAGCUGUCCUCAGUGGAAGAGGCCAUCAAGGGCAUUCCAGAGGACAGCAUGAGUGACCUGGAGCUGUCCGAAGGGGAAGUGGCCAUCGAGGGCAUUCCAGAGGACAGCAUGAGUGACCUGGAGCUGUCCGAAGGGGAAGUGCCCAUCAGGGUUUUCCCAUGGGACAGCACAAGUGACCUGGAGCUGUCCUCAGUGGAAGUGGCCAUCGAGGGCAUUCCAGAGGACAGCAAGAGUGACAAGGAGCUGUUCUCAGUGGAUCAGGGCAUCGAGGUUAUUCCAUGGGACAUCAUGAGUGACCUGGAGCUGUCCUCAGUGGAAGAGGACAUCGAGGGCAUUCCAGAGGACAGCAAGAGUGACAAGGAGCUGUCCUCAGUGGAAGAGGACAUGGAGGUUAUUCCAUGGGACAGCAUGAGUGACCUGGAGCUGUCCUCAGUGGAAGAGGCCUUCGAGGGCAUUCCAGAGGCCUGGGUGGAGUGCCCGGCACAGGAGCCGUGCAGCCAAGGGCCGGCGCCUGCCCCGCACAGCCCCCGCAGCCCCUGGCCUGCCCGGCUGCGAGCCCAGGCCCUCCGCGGGCAGCCGGCUGCCCCCAGGAAACGUCCCUCCCGCUUCAGGCGGGCGCUGCGGGCGCUGCGGGGGCUGUUCUGCUGUCCCUGCCUGAGGCCACGGCCGGAGGAGUAAA